CAAUGUUGGACCGGUUCGUGCUGGUCUACUUGGACGACAUUCUCGUCUAUAGCCGGACCUUGGAGGAACAUCUGGAUCAUCUUCGACGAGUGUUGGAGAGACUCCGGCGUGCCAAGUUCAAAGCCAACCGCGACAAGUGCGAGUUCGUGCGUCAAGAGUUGGAAUACUUGGGCCAUUUUGUCACUCCACAAGGCAUCAGUCCGUUGUCGGACAAGAUUCAAGCCGUCCAAGAUUGGCCAGAGCCUCGGAAUGUUACGGAUGUCCGAUCUUUCCUUGGCCUUGCCGGCUACUACCAACGAUUCAUCAAAGGGUACUCGAAGAUCGCGGCUCACUUGACCAAGCUUCAAUGUGAGGACCGACCGUUUGACUUCGGGACGAACGCACGGGUAUCAUUCUUGGCCCUCAAGGCCGCCUUGCUUUCCGCGGAGGUAUUGCGGAUUUACGACCCGCUCUUGCCAACACGCGUCACCAUGGAUGCGUCUGGCUAUGGCAUUGGUGCCAUCCUCGAGCAACAUGACGGCGUGGAUUGGCACCCGGUCGAAUACUUCAGCAAGAAGGUGCCGCCCAUGCACUCCAUCGAUGAUGCACGCAAGAAGGAACUUCUCGCCUUCGUUCACGCACACAAGCGAUGGCGGCACUUCCUCCUCGGUCGACGCCAGUUCCGAUGGGUAACGGACAACAAUCCGUUGGUCUUCUACAAGUCUCAAGACACCGUCAACAGCACCAUCGCCCGUUGGAUGGCCUUCAUCCACCAAUUCUACUUCUUUCCCGAUCACAUUCCGGGGAAGUCGAACCGUUUCACGGAUGCCCUUUCCCGGCGUCCGGACCACUGCACCGCGGUCUACUCAACCUUCGAGAUCGAGGACGACUUGCGGGACGGCUUCAUCCGCGGCUACCAAGCCGACCCCGAGUUUCGCGACAAGCUAUUCCUUAUCGGACCGAUGGAAGUGAGUGCCUGGACGGCUGGCUCCAAUGGCCCUACCGAGAUGUGCGGGGUGAUUCCCGAGAUUAACGGUGGGUACACGAGCGGCAAGUCGGGAUGGGGUAUUCUGGGCAAGAAGGAAUUGGAAAAUGCAAUGGUAGUGGGACUAGUAUUGGGCACGGCACCAGAUCAACUGUUUAGGCAAGCCGAACGGGAAGUGGUAUGGGCAGCAUGUCAGCGGGAAGAAAUGGAGAUGGAAAGGAUGGAGGUGCGAGUGGAACUCGAGGACCGGAAAAAUAUGAGACGUCCUCUUAGGACAAUAAGGCUAGGUAAAGAAAUGACGACUGAGGAAGGGAUCGAUGACCAGCAGAGCGAAGGGAAUCAGGGCACGAAUGGGGAUGGGGAACAAAACGAGGGAUCAGCCAGGGAUCGAGAGUCAGCCAAACCGGAAGGAACCCGAGGAGACAGAAAGGACGCCUCAAUUGGAGAAAGCUCGGGGAAAGCUGGGGGUAGCAAAAGGGGACCUCAGGAAAACAGGGAAGGGGGAAACGAUAUGAGAACAAGCCCUCAGAACUCAGUAGGAGCCACCCCUAAAAAGACAAAAGUCUCGGAUGCCAGUCGUAAAUUGGCAGAAAUAGAAAAACAGACUGCAAAAUUUAAGGCAAGGCUUAUCGAGCAGAUGAUGGCCGAGGACGAGGAGGACCCCCAGGGCGCAGGGUCACGUGAGGGACGUGGGACCGGCCAGGACGAGGCCAGGUAUGAGGGGAAGGAUAAUAGCCGCAAAGGAACUCCUAGCAAGAAGGGGAAGGACAAGAACGACCCCCUGGCGGAGGGGACGGAAAACGCUAUGACUCCGCCUGCUAUCGACAGCAGCACUAGCCGACUGCCAGCCACGCCGAAAGUAACAGGGGCGUGCGACGGACUCUGGAGCCUUAGGGAAAGGGUGCUAGGAUGGUUUGACCCAGAAGGAACGCCGAAAACUAGGGAGAAGCAGAGGGAAAGCAAGGAAGGGGAAGGGACCAGUGUAGCUGGAGAAGCGGGUAGCUCCGAAGGUGGUCUCAAGAGGGUAGUCACCACCCUCAUCCGGGCACUAAACAAGAACCAGGGAUACCUCGCAGAUGCAAAGAAGAAACUCACGUUCGAUGGGGCAAACAUUACGAAGUUUCUGAUAGACUGUGAGAACCUAGCAGCCUUACUAAAAUGGACGGAGGAGGAAAAUAUGGAGCACCUAGGGCAGCACGUGUCGCUAAGCUUGGGAAGGGACAUUAUGGCCAUCGUCGCGUCCAGUGGAUCCUGGAAAGAAACCAGGAACGAGAUGAUGAGGAAAUACCUGAAGCCAGAGAAAAUGGCAACAGAGGCCGAUUUAGCAGCAGUCCAGAGAAAAAACUAUGUGACUUACAACGAUUUCCUAAGGGCAUUUACGUUAGUGGCGCUGCGAAUUCCCGGGGUAACGGACCGCAUAAUGAGUAAAUACUUCCUCAGGCAGUUCUCCGAGUUUGAUAAGGAUAAGAUUUUGUCAGCAUACCAGCAGACCAGUAAGUUCGAGUACACAAGAGAUGUGGACUUCAACACCGUAACAGACCUUGUGGAAAAGACAGUGGUCACCGAGACACUAGCCCUGCUUAAGGAAGGGGAGGUCAUAGAUCUGACCGGCAAAACGGGGGAUAAGGUCAAAAAGGGAGUAGAGAGCCUGCAUGAAAGGGUGCACGGGGUUGACAAUAAGAUAGAAAGAAUGGAAAGCGCGCUAUUAGUGAUGCAGGCGCAAGUAUCCCGACCCGCCCUCCCGCCCCAAGAAGUCGUGGUUCCGACAGCUGUAGCAAACCGGGGAUUUGGCAGAAGGGACCCCGCCAACGAACAAUGCAAGUAUUGCACCAUGAUCGGGCAUUUCGUACGGGCCUGUCCGAGACUCAAUCACGAUAUUGAGCGGCAGAGGUGCAGCAGGUCCCUCAAAGGCGAGAUCCUCGGACAGCGGGGGGAGCGUGUAAAUUGGAACUCGCCAGGAGGGAUGCGGCGAGCCGUCAUCCUCCUGAAUAACCUAGAGAUAGCUGUCAUAGAAGCAGACCCAAUAGCCAAGAUUGUCUGGGACCAGCCAAGGGGACGGGGACCACAGGCCAAUUUUAUCCUAGAAGGCAGUGGGCAGGACAAGAAGCUCAAUGCGGUAACAAUUAGGGACGCAGGCUCGCUUCCACAGGCCGACUUAUUGGCAGAAUCUCAUGCGGGGCGGAACAUUUACUCCCUGGUAGACUUGUACUCAGGAUAUGAUCAGUUGCCGCUCGAUGCGAGGGAUAGACCGUACACCGCAAUGCACACCCCCGUAGGACAGUUGCAGAUGCAAGUGACCCCUAUGGGUUUCACAAAUGCGGUAGCAGAGGCGCAGAGGAGGAUGCUCGCUAUCACAGGGGAUAUGUUUCCAGAGAAGUGUGAACCAUAUAUAGAUGAUAAUCCCGUAAAAGGCGCAAGGUACAAGGACGAGACGGAGGUCGAGCCGAGUGUGCGAAAAUUUGUCUGGGAUCACCUGCAGGAUAUCAAGGAUCUCCUACAGCGGUUCUUGCUCUAUAAUAUUACCGCAAGUGGGCCAAAGAGCAUCCUGGCUGUCCCGGAGGUAACUAUACUGGGAUUUCGUUGUGGGGCCUAUGGGAGGAGACCCGACCCAGCAAAGACAGAUAAGAUCUCUCAGUGGCCAACACCCCUGCGUACCACGACGGAAGUACGAGCCUUCCUAGGGGUGGUUGGAUUAUGGAGGAUCUUCAUCAAAGGUUUCGCAAAGAUAGCAGAACCUAUCCGCGCGAUGAUUAGGGAAGGUGGCACUAUGGAUUGGACCGAGGAUAGGGAAGAGGCARCCCAKACCCUGAAAGACAUCCUGUCGUCCGAUCAGGUUAUCUUAGCAGCACCCUGCUUCAAUGACGAAGUAGGACGGCCCUUCAUCCUAGAGACAGAUGGCGGCCCAAUGGCAGUAGGAGGCGUAUUGAUACAGAAAAGCGAGGAGGGCAAGGAAAGACCGAUCAGAUUCGAGAGUAGGACCUUGAAUUCGGCAGAACGGCGGUACUCACAGUUCAAGAAGGAGGUCUUAGCCAUCCUACAUUGCCUGAAGACUUUCCAGGCAUAUCUGUUCGGAAGGCAAUUCAUCUUAAGGAUCGACCCCACCAAUGUUGUCGGGGCACUGAAGAAUUACAAGCCUAUAGAUCCGACCGUCGGUAGAUGGAUAGGGUUCAUAUGGCAGUUCGACUACAAGGUCGAGCGGAUCGCAGGGCUUCGAAACAGGGCGGAUGGGCUGAGUAGGGUAUGCAUCACGCCGGAAGGAAUAGAGGGCGCGGAACCAAUUGACGCCUUCCUAGAUUACGAAGGGGGGGCCCUUGUUGUGGAUAAUGAAAUGGCCGGCUCAAUGCUUACAACAGGCCAGCUGCUGAUUCAGACCUUGGAAAAAGGCACGCCUGCAGUAGUUGCAGAACUCAGAGAAGGGCCAGUCACCACGGCCCGGCGCAAAGAGGAAAAUGACUCGUGGGGAGCAGAAGUUGGGGCCAGAGAUGAACUGAUGGCAAUGGCCGUGGAAGGGGGACGGGACGCCGUGAUGACGUUGGCCGAAACCUGGGCAAGGAAGGAAUGCCAGUACCUAGUCAACCAGACUCGGGAGGAGCAGGAUACGGAUCAGAAGGAACAUGAGUUCUUCCUCAUACAGAUGUAUGAGGGCGUCUUUAGAGAAAUCGGUCUGUUGCUUGUAGGGAACAAACAAUCCACGGAAGUCAGCUCCAAGGCAAGGGAGGAAGCUGAGAAGUACGUCUUAAGAAAUGGUCACCUGUUCAAGAAAGAGGAAGGGAUGACGCCUAGGCGUGUCAUUUGUGGGAGGUCUAGGCAGCUGGACGUAAUUCAAGCAAUGCAUGAUGGGCUAGCUGGAGGUCACCGGUCAUCAAAGGGGACACUUGCAAAGAUCGUGCCCCUGUAUUUCUGGCCAGGAAUGGCAGGCAUGGUCGCAACGUACUGUCAGACGUGUCUUAUAUGUCAAGAGAGGAGAUCCGUACGAGUUUACGAGCCCUUAGACCCACUCGGGUAUUGGGACCCGAACACCUUGUUCACCUCGAUCUUGCGGUUAUGCCCGUAUCAACGGAUGGGUUGAGAUACAUCCUGGAUGCAAGGGAUAAUCUCAGUGGCUAUGUAGAGGCCGUAGCCCUCAAAAAGAAGACGGGGAAAGCAGUGGCCGAUUGGGUGGAAGAUUUUUACCUAAGACACCCCUUCGUGCGCAGGUUUAUAGCAGACAAUGAGACAAAAUUCGUUAACCAGGAGGUGUUGAACAGGCUUAAGACACUGUGCGUACCAAUCAAGAUCAUUGAGCCCU